CAAGGCCGAACAGUGCCGCAGGCCCACCACAACUGGAGUGAAGGCCCAGCCGAAUAGCCGAAAAGAGUACAGCGAAACGACAUAUAAACAAGGGAAACCGAUACUCUCAGAUUCUCAUAAAGCCAAUUUAGAAAUUGCAGAGGUCACAGAAUAGGGGCUAGGGCAAAUUGUUCGAUUCGAUUUGCUCGAAUCUGAUGGCGUUUCGAUGGUGGCAAUCCAAUCGGUGCUCGGCUGCGGCCGUUCGAUUCGUCGAUGGCGGUCGAGUUUCUUCGAAUCGGUGGUUCUGGAUCUGAUCGGCGGUGUUUCGGUGGAUCGGUCCGGCGGAUAAGUUGGUGGUUCGAUUCAUCCAUGGCGGUCUAGUUUCUUAGGUGGAGCAGAUGUUCCUUUGAGAAGAAGCCUGAUGAGAAGAAGCCUACUCAGACUCGGGGCUUCUUCAGCAACCCAUGUCCUUUCUCCAUGGCCUCCUCCUUCCUACUACAAUGGUGGGUCUUCAUCAAAAGCCUCAAACUUUCAGUCCACGUCAGCUUUCAGCUCAAAUUCCAGGUGGGUUGUCGUCACCAACUCUCUUCCUCCACCAGAAUGGGUAGAGCCUUUCAAUGACGUCUCUGACAUAGUCUCCAGCCCACAACGCUUCGACCCAUCUCCAUGGGUGGCCCAAAUUCUCAAUCUUUUAGACGGGUCUCCGCAGAUGGAACCCAACUUAGACUCUUACUGCCACAAAUUCCUGAUCAAACUGUCUCCCAAUUUCGUUGCAUAUGUGUUGAAAUCUGAUGAUCUCCGAGGAAAGCCCGAGACUGCUCUACGGUUUUUCUCCUGGGCCGGUAAGCAAAAGAAGUAUCAUCAUAAGCUUGAAUGCUAUGUGUCUUUGAUUGAGCUUUUGUGUUUGUGUGGUGAUUUGGAUAGGAUUAGAUGUGUUGUUGUUGAGCUUAAAAAUAUGAACUUUUUGAUGAAUUCGAAUGCGGCGAAUUGUUUGAUUAAGAGUUUUGGCUGUCUUGGAAUGGUUGAGGAGUUGUUGUGGGUUUGGCGUGGGAUGAAGGAGAAUGGGAUUGAGCCUAGUUUGUAUACUUAUAACUUUUUGGUGAAUGGAUUGGUGAACUCGAUGUUUAUUGAAUCCGCGGAGCGGGUUUUCGAGGUUAUGGAAGGUGGGAAGAUUGUGCCUGACAUUGUGACUUAUAAUACAAUGAUCAAAGGGUAUUGUAAGGCAGGGAAAACCCAGAAGGCAAUGGAGAAGUUUAGGGAUAUGGAGGGGAGGAAUGUGGAGGCUGAUAAGAUUACUUAUAUGACUUUGAUGCAGGGGUGUUAUUCGGAAGGAGAUUUCGAUUCAUGUUUGAGUCUGUACCAGGAAAUGAGAGAGAAGGGGAUUGAAAUUCCAUCUCACGCGUAUAGUUUAGUCAUCAAUGGGCUAUGUAAAGGUGGGAAAUGUAUGGUUGGGUAUGCUGUUUUUGAAGAUAUGAUUGAGAAGGGUUGUAAAGCAAAUGUGGCAAACUAUACAGCUUUGAUCGAUUCAUAUGCAAAAUGUGGGUGCAUUGAAGAGGCAAUGAAGCUUUUCGAGAGGAUGAAGGGCGAUGGGCUUGAACCAGAUGGGGUUACUUAUGGGGUUAUUGUCAAUGGAUUAUGUAAGAGUGGGAGAUUGGAGAAGGCCAUGGAGUAUUUUCAGUUUUGUCAAAACAGCAGAAUGGCAGACAAUGCUAUGUUGUAUUCUAGUUUAAUCGAUGGUCUUGGAAAGGCUGGAAGGGUUGAUGAAGCUGAAAGGGUAUUCGAAAAGAUGAUCGAAAAGGGUUGUCCACCGGAUUCAUACUGCUAUAAUGCCCUUAUCGAUGCCCUAGCAAAAUGUGGAAAAACUGAUGAAGCUUUAGCACUCUUUAAGAAAAUGGAAAAAGAAGGUUGUGAUCAGACCGUUUAUACAUACACAAUACUCAUUGAUGGACUAUUUAAGGAGCAUAGGAAUGAAGAGGCAUUGAAGCUGUGGGACAUGAUGAUCGAUAAAGGCAUCACACCAACUGCUGCUUCAUUCAGAGCUCUCUCAGUUGGGCUUUGUCUCUCAGGCAAAGUAGCCAGGGCCUGCAAGAUUUUGGAUGACCUAGCACCAAUGGGCGUAAUUCCUGAGACAGCUUUUGAAGAUAUGAUCAAUGUGUUGUGCAAAGCUGGUCGUGUCAAGGAAGCUUGCAAAUUGGCUGAUGGCAUUGUGGAUAGAGGUAGGGAAAUACCGGGAAGAAUUCGAACUGUUCUAAUCAAUGCCUUGAGGAAAACAGGGAAUGCAGAUUUAGCUAUGAAGUUGAUGCAUAGUAAGAUUGGUAUUGGGUAUGACCGAUGGGGUAGUGUCAAAAAGCGAGUGAAGUUCUGUAUUCUCAUUGACAUUUGAGUCCUAGCCAUGCUGUAUUUCUGAGGAGCUCUGUGUAUCUAAUUCAACCAUUGCCUAAUAAUGAUUAUCAUCGGAAGUAGUAGAGUUGAUGUUCACCUUCCAAUUCCUGUAUAUUACAUCAUUCAAUUUAUAGAAACUUUGGCAUACAUGUUCUGGACGCUUGAACAAGUUCUUUCUGAGUGUACAUUGUCCUGAGUAGAUGGAAGAGGAAUUUGAUUCACUUCUCUUUGGCUACAUUGCAAGUUCGACGUAUGUGUUAUCUCUGAUCUCUGAGUCAAUAACCAGGAUACCGUUACUUUGCUCUCCAGCUGUGGGGUUUCUACUUUCUGGUUGAACUAUGCACUUGUUGAGCUGAAGUUCUAUAUUAUUCCGCUUAUGCUAUGAACAUGACAUCCAGUUACUUAUGUUCAACAAGCCCGUCAGAUUUUUGAUAUGUGGCCCAGUCGACCAGCCACAGUGAUACUGUGGUUUGUAAACGUGGGAAGUCUCCUGAGGUCUACUGAUACACAUCAAUAUUGGACAUCUGCUUAACCGAGUGUUCUGACAUGUUACCCAAGCCACACUGCACAGAUUUGUUUGCAUUGGGACAGUGGCAAGAUUUAAGUUCAACUUUGUGGAUGUUACAGAUCAACAAGGCUAGUUGGAUGUUGAUGAUGGUCAAAGUGAGGACGAAUGUUGAAAAACAGUAAGAGGGGACUUUCAGGAAGGCGAGGAAAAUGGCAAAACAAUGGGACCUUCAAAGUUGUAUGAAGUGCUGCAAACUACUAGUCAAUGGUUUUUUGGGGUUUUUUUUUUUUUCA